AUUUAUGUGCAGGUCAGGCACCAAUAUCUACACCACCUACCCACAUGUCAUGAAUUAACCUCGCUAGCUAGCUAGCUACUCAUGAAUUCUAGCAGCAGCUGCUGUAUUAAUACUUUCACAAUGUGGUGGCCGUCUGUAGUGGUUGUGCUAUUGCUUCGGAUCUCCAACUUGGUUGCAUCACAGUCCAUCAUCAACACUCUUCCUGGUUUUACUGGCGAGCUUCCCUUCAAACUCGAAAGUGGGUCAGUAUCCACAUAUAUGUAUAUAUAGGAUCCGGCUUGCCUCCAGUUGCAAAGUAACAGGACAUCUCCUGUUAUUAGAUCUAAAUUGGUAGCUGAGAUCGUAUAUUGGCAGGAUAUCGGCAACGCUUGAUCAGAACGAUGUCCACCUUAUCCAUGGCUUCCAUCACUCUGGUUUUUGUGCUGGUGUUUCUGAUUGUCCUAAUGUGCAUGGCUGACUCCCAUUCAAUUGUGGAGACUCUACCAGGAUUUCCCGGAAAACUGCCUUUCAAACUUGAAACUGGAUACGUGGGUGUUGGGGAAGCGGACGAGGUUCAACUAUUUUACUACUUCGUUGAAUCCGAGAGGAACCCAAAGAUGGAUCCUCUGUUACUUUGGCUGACAGGAGGCCCGGGUUGUUCUUCUUUCACCGGAUUUGUUUACGAAAAUAUUGGACCACUUAAAUUCAAUUAUGAAGAUUUCGACGGGAAUCUACCAACCUUUUUGUUGAACCCAUAUUCAUGGACACAGGUUGCCAGCAUUAUAUUUUUAGAUGCUCCCGUUGGCUCGGGAUUCUCAUAUGCGAGAACCUCCCAAGGUUACAACAUCACCGAUAAAAUCUCAGCGGCACAAACCUAUCAGUUCCUGCGGAAGUGGCUGAUAACUCACCCACAAUUCCAGUCAAAUGUACUUUACGUAGGUGGUGAUUCUUAUUCAGGCAUUGUCGUUCCAAUCAUCGUUGAAGAAAUUUAUAAUGGUAACAAAGUCGGGAAGGAGCCCUACCUCAAGCUCAAUGGAUACCUACUUGGCAACCCAGUAACCGAUCGUCGUGGUGAUGUCAAUGCAGAAAUCGAAUAUGCUUAUCGUGUGUCACUUAUAUCUAAUGAACUCUAUGCAUCAUUGAAAGAAAGUUGUCAGGGCGAGUAUGUGGUCGUAGAUCCAGCAAAUGUACAAUGUGUCAAAGAUCUUGCAGCAUUCGAGGAUUGCAUCGCCAAUAUUGAUGUUGCACAUAUUUUGGAACCUAAUUGCCAUCUAAUCUCUCCAAAAUCAAAUGGAAUAGAAUUGCCGCAUCAAGCAAUUAUGGACGAAAAUCAGAGGAAUGUUUUACAGCUCCUUUCAUGGUCUAAAUCACCCCCUGCAUUAUGGUGCCGGAGUUAUACUUACGUGCUUUCUUACAUUUGGGCUAAUGAUGAAAAUGUACAAAAUGCGCUUCACAUACGGAAGGGAACCAUCAAGAACUGGGUGAGAUGUAAUAAGACCAUGUCGGCCUACACAUAUAAUGUUAUAAGUACUGUUGAUUACCAUCGUAAUUUCACAGAGCAGACAGGUUACCGAUCUCUGAUUUACAACGGAGACCAAGACAUGUCUGUUUCAUAUGUUGGCACCCUACAAUGGAUAAGAACUCUCAAUAUGACCCUCGAAAGCAGUUGGGAGCCGUGGUUUGUGGAGGGUCAAGUUGCCGGGUACACAAUGAGGUUCACCAAGAAUAAGUACCGUAUGACUUAUGCUACGAUUAAGGGAGGGGGACAUACAGCUCCAGAGUACAAGCCUAAAGAGAGUUUUGCCAUGGCAUAUAGGUGGCUCGCCCACUACUAUCUGUGAGUUAAUUAGAAUGAUUGCAAUUAAAUUUAGGCAUGCAACGAAUUGGCAUGUAAUUGUAAGGUGCCGGGUGAUAGUCAUAGGCAUUAAUGCAAGUAUUCCGAUCCUUGCUAGAAAAUCAAACACUAUUUCUGUGAUUAUGCAACGAAUAAAAGAUCUCAUGUACAUGUAUCUUUUGAAUUUUAAACGUUGCUUAAUGGUUCUGAAAUGAUCAGAAUCCUGCACGAGUUAUAACAUGCUAAUUCAGACACAAAAUUGCAUGUUGCGGCCUA